AUGUCGAUUUCAUGGAAACACAGUACUAUUGCCGUUGUGGCACCAACCCUCACAGUUGCCUCUCCUACGCCAGAGGCUCGCUCGACGGUCCCAACUCCCGGCAAUGGCCUCAAGGCAGGUUCAGCGGGCGGCCGCAUCAUCCCUUUCAUGAAAGAUCACCUGGGAUGGUGGUAUGACUGGAACCCUCGACCUUCUGGCCAUGACGAAGUCUACGGCGUGUCCAUGCUCUGGGGCUCUGGCAACAACGGCGACGAGGACUGGAAGCGCUUCAAUGAAUUCUCACACAUGGCCGACGUGCCCAAGUACCUUUUGGGAUUCAACGAGCCCGACUGCGACGGGCGGGAUACAUCGGCCAAGAUGAAUGUUGACCAGGGAGUACGUCUCUGGAACCAGUACAUUGCACCCAAGGGCCAGCAGGGUGCGCUUCUGGGUAGCCCGUCCAUGUGCAUGCAGAAGGACGAGUGGUGGCUCAAGCAGUUUAGCGAGAAAAAUCUAAACAGACAGUGGGAUUUCACGGCAAUCCAUGUGUACAAGGCCGACAUGGACGGUGUGCGCCAGGACAUUGAUCACUACUGGAACACAUACGGCAAGCCGAUUCUCAUUACCGAGAUGGCGUGUGUGCACGACAACGGCCAGUUUACGGCUUGUUGGGACCAGAACCAGAUCAACCAGUGGAUCUACGAUGUAGUCGAUCUUCUCGAGGCUGAUGAUAGAAUCAUGGGAUAUGCUUACACUGACGGCGGCGGUCUCGGUCUGACUUCACCCAUGGACGGCGACAACCUAUCCGCGUCUGGCCAGGCGUACCUGAGUGCUAUUUCUCGAUACAGCAAACCCCAAUGCAGCGCCAACAAAGACUGCCCUGCUGGCUCGACUUGCACCAACGGCCGCUGCACCACGAGUGGAGGCAGCAAACCGCCACCUCCUCCAACUUCUUGCUCCUGGGAAGGCCACUGCGAAGGUGCUUCGUGUGGCAGCGACAACGACUGCUCCGACAACCUCAUCUGCAGCAAUGGCCGAUGCGCAAAGCCCGGUUCAUCGGCACCCCCGCCUCCUUCUCCUGUUCCUUGCUCUUGGGAGGGUCAUUGCGAAGGGGUCUACUGUGCGAAUGAAAACGACUGCUCCGAUAACUUGGAGUGCCGGGCCAAUAAGUGCACCCGCCCUUGA